AUGGCAACGGUGCAGACAUGGAUGAGCGCGGCGCUCGUGCUCGCGGCAUGCGUGGAGCAAGCGCAAGGCGCGUACAUGCCCGUGCCGUGGGUGUUCACCGACCCGAAGAACGACCCGUACAACCCGCUGCGGUACAUCGUGAGCAACACGCUCACCGCGAUCGCGAUAUCGCUCGUCCUCGCCGUCGCGCUCGCGCAAUCAUGGCUCAUGUUCAAGUACGGCGGUCGGUGCAUGCUGUCGAUGUUGAUCGGUGAAUUCGCUUGGGUAGUCGGCUUUGGGGUGCGUAUCGGACUGCACUCCGAUCCGGACAGCACAGGCAAAUACAUCGCGUACUAUCUGUUUAUUGUGCUUUCGCCAUGCGCAUUCAUCGCGUCCGAUUCGGACAAGCACCUCCUCAUCUCGCCGGAGCGAAUCACGGUCGUGUUCGUCGUGUCCGACAUCUCUACGUUCCUCGUCCAGGCUGCUGGAGCGGGACUGUCAAUCUCUAAGGACCAGAAGCUGUCCAAGACAGGAGAACAUGUGAGCACCCUGGUAGUCUUCGCGUUCGAGAGUGCGAGGAGUACCCUAUGCGUUCAGAUAUUCUUGGCGGGUCUGGUGCUGCAGCUGGCGUCGUUCUUCCUCUUCAUGCUCGUCGUGCUGCGGUUCCUUUGCCGGGUCAGGAAAAUGGAGCCGAGCACAUGGGCAAUGGACGCGGCGCUGCCCUGGCACCGCGAUUGGCGAACGCUGGCCGGUGUACUGAUCGUGAGCUCGGUCGGGAUCUUGGUCCGUUGUGUGUACCGUGUGAGCGAGCUCUCGCAGGGGUACCACGGGCACCUGGCGACAACGGAGGUGUUCUUCUACGCCCUGGACUCGCUGCCGCUCUUUGUAGCAAUCGCG